AUGUACGAAAAGAUGAUGUACUUCUGGACCAAAAAGGACAGCCUUCGAAAAAUGCUCCUCAAUGAGCCCCGAGGUCGAUCGUCCAUGUGUUGCAAUCUGGUUUUGGCUCCGUGUGAUCCACGCGCGGACGCCGGGUUCAUCAUCAUGGAAAGCGACGAGUACGCCCCCAUGUCCGGGUCAAACACCAUCUGUACGGCGACAGUCCUGUUGGAGACGGGCAUGAUCACCAUGCAAGAGCCCGUCACCAAGUUCAACCUGGACACCGCUGCAGGGUUGGUGGGCAUAACGGCCGAGUGUGAGGCGGGCAAGUGCAAGUCUAUCGAGUUCGACAACGUGCCGGCUUUUGUCUUUGCUCUCGACAAGGCCAUCGACGUUCCCGGUUUGGGCACGGUCUCGGUCGACAUCGCCUGGGGAGGCAUGAUGUACGCCCUGGUCGACCCGGCGUCGUGCGGUUUGACCAUCGGAAACAACCGUGACGCCGCCGCGCUCGUGGAAGUUGGCGAGAGGAUCAAAAGAGCCGUACAACGACAAUUCGUCCCCGUCCACCCGGAGAACCCUGCGAUUCGAGGAGUGACCAAUUUUGUCUGGAGCGGUCCAUUUGACAAUGCCGCAGAUGAUGGCAUCAAGACGGCUGUAAACACCGUCGUGGUGUCCCCUGGAAGAUUCGACCGGUGCCCGUGCGGUACCGGCACUUGCGCUCGGAUGGCCGUCUUGCACGCCCGAGGUCAACUCGCGGUCGGCGAGAUUUUCAGGCACAAGAGCAUCAUCGGAACAGAGUUCAUCAACCGUAUCAGAGGUACGACCAAAGUUGGAGAGUAUACGGCCAUCUUGCCUACCAUCAAAGGUCGGGGUUGGAUCACAAGUUUCAAGCAAGUCGUACUAGACCCGACAGAUCCUUUCCCUGAGGGUUUCCGGGUAGGAGACCAGUGGCACAUGCCCGUCGAUUCUUGA